AUGCAGGACUCCAGUGACUGGACUAAACUUGAACCUAAAGUGAACAGUACAGAUGCAGAUGAGGCGCCAACUUACAGUCUCCAGACUGAAGCAGGAACGUUUGAAUGCAGUGUCUCUGACCUGCGAUGGGUCUGUGAAGAAAAGGUCAGCUUUAAGUACCAGUUCUGCUCUUGGGAAGAACACAUGGAGAGAAUGGAAAUCUUACAAUACAUGCCUGCAGGUCCCCUAAUGGACAUCACAGUCACUGCUGGGAAGUUAAAUGAAGUAUACCUGCCUCACUGGAUCUGCACAGAUGACAACCCUGAAAUACUUGACAAGUUUGCAGUCCUGCACAUAGAUUCCUGUGGAGAUGUUGUUGAAAAAGUGUCUGAGGUCACAUCAUCCCAUGUCAAGUUAUCUGAAGCACUUUUCUCUCCAAGAGCUGUCCUGAUGAAACUUGGCUUUCCUGUGAAGAUAAAGUGCAACGUAUUAAUAUACUAUCAAACAAACACAACAUUCCUCAAGCUACAUGUGUAUCUGAUCCCACAUGAUCCUGCUCUAGAAAAGACAGUGGACAAGAAGAAAUCCUCCAAAGGAUACAAAAUAAUUGAAAAGCCACGUCCAGACAAGUACCUGAAAAUGCAACAAGGAUUUGCCCUCAAAGCAGACAUAGACACAGCUAAAAUCUCCCCUCAGAAAGUAACCCUCAGGUAUGACAGCCAGGACCCAAAUUUCUAUGAAGUGUUCAUUGAAAAUCCAGACAGAGACUUCAACCUUACACUCUCACACUCUUAUACAAAUAAGAGUAAACCAGAGUGUAAACCAGUGGGUGAACCAAUGAGUGAACCAGUGUGUGAACCAGUGUGUGAACCAGUGUGGACCUGUGAAAUUCGAACAGUUGACCACCCAAAGUCUGGUAAUUUAGAAGAGGAACACACUGUGGAUGAACUACCUGCACUGGUCCAGAAAACAACAACAAUCACAACAGUCGGAGAGAGGAUUUUGGGGAGGCUGCAGGAUUUGGAAGAAGAAGAUUUCAAGGACUUCAAGUGGUUUUUGCAGAAAAGAAACUUCAUCCCAGCAGACUUCCCGUGCAUACCAUGGAGCAAACUGGAGAAGGUAGACAUGAAGCGUGUGGUGGAUCUGAUGGAGCAGACCUACAACCAACAGGCUGUGGAGGUGACCAAGAUGCUUUUCAAGAAAAUAAACAGGAAUGAUCUGGUCAAGCUGCUGUGAGACACCAGCUCAGGAUCCAAAGAUACAUUAUGGGAAAACAACAAACAAA